AUUAUAAACCAUUAUAAUCCCAAUUACUUGAAAAAAAUUUUUAAUAAAAUAAAAAUGUCAUCUCCAGGUGAUAUGGGUUAGACACUAUUUCUGAGGGACAAGAGAGAAAGUGAUUAGGAGACAGGUCUGAAUUGGUUAGAUCUUGACAGUGGACUCCGAUGGUCCGUUAGUAAACAUACCCGCCCCUGGGCGGUGGGGGGCCGUGGCAAAAGAAAAGCUGAUAGACAAAAAGGAUACAAAUGUAGAAAAGAAACCAAAGACAGUGCCAGGAUCAAGAAAAGAAUGGGUGCCGUCAUGGUGUUUAGGACCUAGCAACUAAGAAUUUUGAAGGUGAGGACAAUGAGUGGUGGAAUAUGGUAACAGUAGAAGGCUGAGGAGAGGGCCUUGGAAUCGGACGCCAGGCCCACAGUGUGGCUGAGAACUCGUAUCUGCCCAGACUGAGGAGCCAGCCAGGAAGAGUCGAGGAUGUCCCAGAGGAGCUGUGCGCGCAUCCAACGGGCUGGCCUGGUGAGCUAGCUGCCUCGUCCCUGACGCCCGUUCCUUUGGAAGCCACGUCACUGUUCCCCUGGGUACGUGGCCACCAUGAUCCUGCUCAUCAAUAGUGCCCAUUGCCAAGUGGCAGGUUUCGCUGUAGCCACCGUGGGAUGGAUCCUCUCCACCAUUUGCAUGGGCUUUGCGGAGUGGCGAGUGUGGUACAUGAACAACACCUCACUCCUCCCCUCGGGCCUGGCCCGUGUGGGAAUGUGGAAAAUCUGCAUUUACUACCAUGCUGACAACUUCUACAGAGCCACAUCGUGUUACCAUUACACCUACUGUGAUACUUUUCUCCCUCUUGAUAUUCGUAUUGCUCAAAACCUCCUGCUGAUCGCCAGCAUUCUAGGGCUCUUGGGGAAAGCCUCCAUCACCUUUGCACUUAGGAAUGUGUACAUGGGAAUUCUUAGGAAGAAUGCCACCUGCAAUGCAUUUGUUGCUUCAGGAAUUCUGAACAUAGCUGCUGGUGUCUGUAUCUCCGUAGCUGUGACCUGGAAUUACCACUCAGUGAUGAAUGAAGAGGAAAUUGCCUUCCCACCAUAUUUCUAUGUGCCCUUCAAGCCGGAUGCUCAGGAAAUUGGCAAUGCCAUUAUCGUGGCAUGUCUGGCUGCCUUCCUGAUGUUGUUAAGUGGACUGUGUUUCCUCUCUUAUAAAUUCCCCCUGGACAGCCACGUGUGUCCUGAAAUUUUAGAAAUAUAAAAUUCCUGGUUUCGUUGGCUUUGCACAUCGAAGAUUACCAGGAGUUUAUGGGAAGUAUUAUCAGGAGGCUCUAUCAAAUAUUUCCAAGGACUCACGACCAUGGCAAAGGUAGAUUUGGACAGAAAUAGCCCACUGUUUCCUUCUGUGUCUGAAUUUGGUUCAUUGGUUGGUUGAAUUAGGAGCUUCAUUGAAAAAAACAAAUCUUGCCCACCUGCCAGUUGGUCUUAUUGGAUCUGGAUUUUAACUAUUGUUGGAUAAAUAAUCAACCUAAACAAUAAACCUACUAUAUGGAAAGAAGAGUUUCCGAGAUUCUCGCAUCUCCCUCUUAAACUUCUGCUAAAUACAACCGACCUUAUUUCCUAUGGCACGAUAAUAACAUCUCUAUCAUAUAAAAUUUCUAAAAAUGUGCAAAAGUAGAGGGAAUAGCAUAAGGAAUACCCCCAUGUUCAUUACCAGAAUCCAGUUAUCGAGAUUCUGCCAUAUUAGCUUUCUCUCUCCUUUCUUUCCCCCUGUUAAUCUAUUUUUCUUUUUCCGAAGGAUUUUAAAGCAGACCCCAGACAUUAUGUCCCUUCAUCCCUACGUACUUCAAUAUUACUCUCUUAAAAAAUCGACGUUUCCUUGCAAACACAUAUUAUACCUAAAAUAAAGAUUAAGAAUUAUUCCUUGUUAUCAUCAAAUACUUAGUCAGAAUUUUUUAAUGCCUCAAAAAUAAUUCCAUGGGGCCGGCCCCAUG